AACUCAGCAGUGCCGGUCUGCCUGCCAAGCUGGACAGUGUGACAGAGGAGGAGAAGGAUUAGGCUCUGCUGCAAACAGGGGAUGCAGAGACGAGGUUGAUACUGCAGCAUAGGACAAAGAAAGGGGGGGUAAGUGAGGAAACCUAGGGAUUAUUCGUUGCAGGUGGCAGAAAAGAAAUCAGACUUCAGCGCUAGGCUGAGAUCGGGCUCCUACGUUUGGCCCGGGAUCUUCACCUUCACUUUCACCAUCACUUUGGUCCCAUGCUCAAGAUGGAAAUCAAGAGCCAGGAUGGAGAGCACCAGGGGCAGAGACCAGACUAGCUACUGCUCUGCAGACGUAUGACUACACCAGCAUCAACUGCUGGCUGAGCACCUUCUAUCACAAUCUCAGCUGGGGGGGCUUCAUGCCCUGGGACAGUCCUGGGUGAUAGAGGGAGGUGGUGGUGGAGGAGGAGGAGCAGGCAGCGGGGAGGCUGGCUCAGAGAAGUGGAGGAGGGUGGUGGGGGUGUAAACUGCCUGCUGUAUUUUUGGAUGUGGGAUCUCCUGACUUAAGCGAGCAAGCUGGAAUAAAGAUGUAGUGUGAGCUAGUGGAAGGAGGGGUACAGAACAAGGAGAGUGCUGUGCUGAGGAGAGGGCUGGACGUCCUAGCUCAACGGACGGACCAGACGGACGGAGAUCUGGGGGGAGUCCUGAGGGGGAGACAAAGACGGAGGGUCCACUGGAUCAGGAAGAUGCCCUCUCGCUGCAGGAAUGCGCUGAACAUCGUGGUCACCACCCUUUUUGCUGCGGUGGUCCUCUUCACAAUCCUGCUGGCCUACGUCACAGGCUACCAGUUCAUCCACACUGAGCAGCACCACCUCUCCUUUGGCCUCUAUGGUGCCUUCCUCUCCCUCCAUCUCUUCCUCCAGAGCCUUUUCGCCUUCCUGGAGCAUCGGCGAAUGAGGAGCCCCGCCCGGCCACAGCACCUCCGUCGCUCCGUGGCUCUCUGCAUCGCCGCCUACCAGGAGGACCCGGACUACCUGAGGAAGUGUCUGCGCAGUGUCCGCCGAAUCUCCUUCCCUGGCCUGAAGGUGGUGCUAGUAGUGGACGGGAACCGGCCCGAGGACCGCUACAUGAUUGACAUUUUCCAGGAGGUGAUGGGCGGGGCUGACCAGGCUGGCAGCAUGGUGUGGAAGGGUAACUACCACAGUGAUGGGAGUGGAGGAGGAGGAGUCAGAGGCGGAGGGAGGAGCACAGUGCACAUGGAGGAGGCAGCACGAGUGGCUCGGCUGGUCAGAGGCUGCCGCUACUCCUGUAUCAUGCAGGAGUGGGGAGGGAAAAGAGAGGUGAUGUACACUGCCUUUAAAGCACUGGGGGACAGUGUGGAUUAUGUGCAGGUGUGUGACUCAGAUACAGUUCUAGACCCAGCGUGUACCAUUGAAAUGCUGAAGAUCCUUGAGGAAGAUCCGAUGGUGGGAGGGGUCGGUGGAGACGUGCAGAUCCUUAACAAGUACGACUCGUGGAUCUCCUUCCUCAGUAGUGUUCGCUACUGGAUGGCCUUCAACAUUGAGCGGGCCUGUCAGUCCUACUUCGGAUGUGUCCAGUGUAUCAGCGGCCCUCUGGGGAUGUAUAAGAACUCUUUGCUCCAGCGCUUCCUGGAGCCCUGGUACCACCAGACCUUCCUAGGCUCCAAGUGCAGCUUCGGUGAUGACCGCCACCUCACCAAUCGGGUGCUCAGCUAUGGCUACAAGACAAAAUUCACGGCGCGAUCGCAGUGCCAGACUGAGACACCAACCGAGUAUUUGCGUUGGCUCAACCAGCAGACUCGAUGGAGCAAGUCUUACUUCCGUGAGUGGCUCUACAAUGCACUGUGGUUCCACAAGCACAGCCUUUGGAUGACCUAUGAGUCCGUGGUCACUGGCUUCUUUCCGUUCUUCUUGGUUGCCACAGUCAUCCAUCUCUUCUACCGUGGAAGGCUGUGGAACAUCCUGCUCUUCUUAUUGACAGUCCAACUGGUUGGGAUGGUGAAGGCCACCUACGCCUGUUUUCUGCGUGGCAGCCUGGUCAUGAUCUUCAUGUCCCUCUACUCUCUGCUCUAUAUGACCAGCUUGCUACCUGCCAAAAUAUUUGCCCUACUCACCAUCAACAAGGCUGGAUGGGGCACCUCAGGCCGCAGGAAAAUUGUGGUCAACUUAAUUGGUGCUGUGCCUGUCACAGUGUGGGCUUUGGUGCUGCUGGGAGGUGUGGUGUAUACAAUCUACUGUGAAACACAGGAGCCAUUUAGUGAGACAGAGAAAGCAUUGUUGAUAGCAGGGAUGAUACUCUACGCCUGCUACUGGGUCAUUCUGCUGGUGCUCUACCUGGCAAUCGUAGCCAAACGGUGUAACAAGAGGGAAGAGCAGUAUCACCUGCCAUAUGCGGAGGCAUAGACCUGCCACCAGAGACUCGUAGGACAUUCACAUGGACUUUCACUGCAGUAUGACUUUAGCAAUGUCUCUGAACCUGUGAACUGCUCAAGUGAUGAGCUGUGAACCACAAACACACUCACAUCUUCAUCAUUGGUGCUAAGGUGUGGAUCUGUAAUCUGAGCGGCAGGAAUCAAAUCCAUUUGGGGGAGACUCAGAGAUGACUGGAUUCUCAGAGCUUUCCCAAUUAUAUCAUGCUUAAUGGUGCUUCAUAUUGAAAAACCAAACCAAAUGGAACCGAUCCAGUUUAUAAAGUGUUCAUACUCUUGUAAUAGUGACAUGCUCAGAAGAACAUUAAGUAGUUUAUGGGCACAGGCUAUGUGUGACAAAGGGGUGCGGCAUGGUGCUUUAAAUCAAUCUAAAGCAGAAAGAGGGACACAAUCAGACUAAAAGACCUGAAGGUCUUAAUAAACGGUUGGUCAGUUUUGGUGUCCAUUUUGAAAAAGAUGAGAUGAGAUAAAAUGUGAUAGAACUGAGCUUUUAUAAAGAACAAAAAAUAAAAUAGCAAGGCAACUCUUACUAGUCUAAGCAUCUCUAUUUUAGAUAAGUAGAGGGAAGCUCGCAUGGAUUCAGAGAUUGGAGUGUAUCUGUAAGGUGUUCAGAGCACAUUUUAGAUGUGGUACAAUCGCCUACAGAGUCAACUGAAAGAACUGACCAGGCAUGAAUAGAUGCAAAUUUGAUCUAGGCUUGAAAAUGUGUUGACUUGAGCAUAAAAAUGUGCGUUGAUCUCAAAGUAUUUAUGAAUCAACUUGAUAUAAUACUGGCAUGGGAGAAAAAGGGAGAAAGACUGAAAGAAAAAAAACCUGAAAGAACUUGGUGAGUUAAGUGAGAUUAGUCAGAGGUGACACGCAAACUCAUGCAGCCAUUCCACACACACUGUUCCUAGACAGUUCCAGCUGACGUCCGUACAGAUGAGACAACUGUGUGCAACAAAAAUGGACUGUUUUUGCAGUUUAAGCAGCAAAAUUCAUGUAAUAAUUUGGUUUGUGUUGUGUCUCAACACACCAUGAUGCAAAGGUUAGGAUAAGUCUUAGUACGUCUGUACAAUACCCACAUGCCAUAUAUACUUUCUAAGAAUUAUUCUACUGUAAUCAUUCCACUCCAUAUUAGCCGUGAAGUGAUAUCUUUUUAAAGAAGUAUCUUUUUAAACCCUAUACUCAGCAGCAAAGGUAAUGCAUUUCAUUACUUGUUACAUCCUUUUCCCAGCGAAAAAACACCAUAUUUUUUUGCUGAAGCUCCUCUUUUUACCCGUUUUAGCUACCGAGUGAGGCAUCUCACUUCUGUUCAAUCUUUGAGUGGUAAAGCGGUGGUCAGGAAUGAGGAUGGGCUCCACACCCUGACCCCAAUAAAUGUCCCAACUCAAAAAUAGAAAAAGGAACAUACAGGCAGGGGGCAGUGUCUCUGCGGAUCGAUUAAGAGGCAUUACUUUUGUAUUAGUCUAUGCAUAGUUUUUGAGGAAAAUGCUACAUAUUAUACCAUUAAGCGUAUGCUCUACUUGACAUAUUUACACUGCUUUACCUUGCUGUCAGAUAGCCCUUUCCUCAAAUUUCAACAGACGUUCCCCCUCUCUCUCUUUUGGCCACUCAGUCUCCCUCUGCAAAAGUUCUUCUUCUGUAUACAUAAAGGUAUCCUCUAGCAUGUUGUUGUUGCUGUCAUAAUGACUGUUUUUCUUUUCUUUUCUUUUUUUAAAGAUUAAUUCUUCAGGCAUUUUAGGACUUUAUUUUCACAGGACAGAUGAAAGGGGGGAGAGAGAGGGGGAAUGACAUGCAACAAAGGCCUGCAGGUCUGAGUCAAAACCGCAACCGAGGAGUAAACCUCUACACAUGUGCGCAUGCUCUACCAACUGAGCCAAUCCGGCCACUCGUUUUAGUUUUCUUGUAUUUGUUAAUUCUAUGAACCGCUGAAAGUCUGACCCAAAACAGCUGAUCUGCAGUUUAAUAAAGUGUGCGGCACAGUUUGCUCAUGUAGGCAUACACUGACUAUCAAUAAGUACCUCAUAUUCUUUUAACUGUCAUCACAUCAGCAGUGAACAGCACAUCAUCUGCUCCAGCUGUGUUUUGUGGAGCAGAUAGGAUUUACCAGAACAGACGAUCUAAUGUUUCUGAACAGAUGACACCGAGUUCUUUUGCUAUUUUGGUGCAGUGUCAAAAUGAGCAACAUGUUGUUGUACAUUGUGGUUGAAUUCUCAGUACACAGUCACCAGUGGGUUGUAGUUUCAUUCAGUGAUUCAGAGAUUUUUUUUUGUACAGUCACUUUUUAUAUGUUGUAAAGGUGCCAAAUGAUGUAACAGUAAAGUUUUACCACGGGACACUAUUCUCUUUUUGUUUCCUUUUACACUAGAUGUAGCCUUGGUUUAUUCAUUCCAUCAGCAAUGUAAAGACUGAAAACCUAAGACAUUUCUUCUGAAGUGAGACUUGAGAGCUUUGCUUUGACUGUAUUUUUUCUUCUCAUUUAUACAUUUUUCAAGAUUUCAGAUCGCCAUCAACAUAUCUGAACCUACACUGACAGAUGCCUUUUUGCUUUUGGGCAGUGGACAUUUCAUCUUUGGGCC